AUGUCAGGACAAAUGAUUUAUUCAUCCGAUUCAGAUUCAUCCGAAAAACAUACACCGGGAAAACCGUCACGUUUGAGAAUCGCUGAGGAUGUACAAGAUGAUUCGUCAGACGAUGAGCAAAAAAAGCCAAAAUCAAAGCAAUCCGAAAGAAAAAAAAAGGAAGAACACUCGACACGAAAACGUCGAUCAAGAAAUUCAAUAAACAAUGAAUCACGAUCUCGUGAAGAAAAACAUACCGGUUUAAACGGAUCAUACUGGCAAACUGUUCAGUAUGAUCGUCAUAAUGCGAAUACCUCAUCGGCAUCAGUUCUAGCUCAAGCCGAAGAUAGUAGCGAUUCACAAACAGAUGUAAAAAAUGAUUAUUCUCAUAAUUCGACAACUGAUGAACCAAAAAAAUUGAAGCCCGUUAUUUAUCGUGCAAAAACUUAUGUCACUUGUCGUAGUCCAGAUGACUCAUUUUUUGUUUGUCAAGUAUUACACAAUGUGUAUCGUGAUACUAAAAAGAUUAAGAUCCUGUGGUUAUCAUCAGUUGGUGGUGAUAAUCAGGACAACCAAUCGAUAAAUGAGAAUACCCGAUUUAAGUUAGAUUUUGUCGAUUGGCUCGAUCCUCAUACAGUUUUGACGGGUAUUGUUAAAGUAAAACGACACAAUGAUCGUACAAUAUCGUUAAGAAAAGAAGAUAUUGCUGAAACAAAACGUUUACUGCAAAAAUCAAUUAAUGGUGAACCAUUAUCUUCAUCGGAUGAUAGUCAAUUAGAUAGUGAAGAUGAAAAUAAUGAAAUGAAAUCAACAAGUAAAAUCGAUAAUAAACAAGACGACGAUUGGUCAUCAAAUUCUGAUGAAGAGAGAAAAAUACCAGUAUUGAUCCCUGGUAAAAAGUCUGUGUCAAAAUUGAACAAACCCACGUUCAAUAUGGAUGAACAGUUGAUGGCCCCUACGUUAUCACCACCAAAAGCGUCCACUUCUUCGUCUAUGCCAAAGCCAGACACACUAAAACAAAUAUUUACCAAUGACAAUGAUGAUGUUGGAUCUAUGGAUGUAGCUAGUGAUACCGAUGAUGAAGCUUUUCCUAAAUCAAAAACAAAGAAAAACCUACUAACACCAUUAAAAAAACGAAAAGAAACAUCUGAUAAAGUGAAGAAUGUUGCUGAACCUGUAACGAUACCAAAAACAUCUCAAAAAAAUAAAUUGACUGAAGAAAAAACAAAACAACCAAAGAAACGUGCAAGGAAAACAGAUCCAAAUGUGCACUCAUCAGAUGGUGGAGGACGUAUAAGAAAACGUCGUCGCACACAAGAUAUAUCAGAAGUGACGGAUGAAAAUACAACAUCGACAAUUACUAAAAAAUCACCAAAGAAGACUGUUCCUGCUACGCCACCGAAAUCAAAAAUGUUUCGUGUUCAAAGUAAUCGAUUUUUAAAAGAAAAUGUCAAUGUGACAACAUAUCGAAAAGAGCCAUUUUUUGAAGAUAGUUUACCUGUCCCCUAUAUUUCAACUAUCGUUCAAGGAAAAUUAGCUAUACGUGCUGUUUUACUCAAUGAUCAUAAAUUGUUAAAAACAUUGAUCGAUGAUGUUGAUAGAGUUUAUUCUAUUCAUUUAAUGCGUGGAAUUCACAAUGAAUAUUCAGCUGUUCAAUAUGCUAUACAAACAAAUAAUCUAAAUAUGUUAAAGGAGAUACUCGAUGAUAUUGCAACACCAAAAAAAGAUCGAUGUCCUCGUCCAACAAUGAGUAUGACAACACGAACUGCGGGAACGUUUAGUAUGAAAACAUUAGGCUUUCGAACGAUAAAACUUACGGCAAGCAGAGGUGCUAAAGAAGGAAACAAUGCAUUGAACAAAGAUGAAUUGCAAAUAAAUACACAUUUUAAUAUAAAUCGUGUGAUAUUAUAUGCUCUAAAAAAUGAUUGCACUAUAGAAGCUUAUGAUCUUUUGGUAGAUGGAAAAACAGGAUAUGGGAAGCAUUAUGUAUAUGAAAAUAUUUAUCAUGCCGUUCGUUCUGGUAAUCGAAAACUAGCUGCCCAUAUUAUCGAAGAUAUUGAACAAAAUGCCUUUCAUGGUUUCAACUAUUUACAUAAACAAGUGUUACUCUAUGAUAAUGAAGAUAUAACAAUCAAUCGUGCAUCAAGUGUAUUAAAAAAGACAAAACACAAUUCUCAAAUUACACCAGUGCAUUGUGCUGCAAUUAAUCCAAAUUCGAAAUAUUUAAAACAAUUAUUGACAAUAAUGCCAGAAAUUAAUAUAUUAGAUAAAUACGAACGAAGACCGAUUCAUUUCGCUGCUGCAUGUGAAGGACCAGAGCCACUUGAAUAUUUAUUGUCAAGACAAGCCAAUUUUAAUGAUUGUGAUCGCGGCGGAAAUACUCCACUACACAUAGCGUGUGAACAAGGACGAGCAAUUAAUGCUGAAAUAUUAUUACGAACGGCAAAAGAAAAAGCCGAAUCGAAUGAAGUUGAUGAUACUUUGAACACUAAUGCUAAAUUUGGUCUUGCUGGUAUUAAUCGACCAAAUAAAGCUCGAAUGUAUCCAAUUCAUUUGGCAGUAAUGAAAAAUAAUUUGGAUUGUGUGAAAGUUUUGAUUAAUCAUGGUGCGAAUAUUGACAUUCCAUUGAGUACUAGCUCUGGAAAAGCGAAUUCAUUAAUGGUUGCUUGUCAAAAAGGCUUUUUAAAAAUUGUCACAUAUUUAAUCGAAAAUGGAACUAAAGUUGAAUCUAGAGAUCGUUUUAAAAGGACUCCUUUAAUACAUGCCUGUAUGUGUGGCAAUGCUCACGUAGUCUCGUAUCUAUUACGAUUAGGAGCAAAUCCAGAUGCCUUUGAUAGUUCUUCAAAUUCGGCUUUACAUUAUGCUAUAGCAUAUGGAUGGUAUUUUUGUGUAAAAUUACUAUUAGAAGCUGGUGCAAAUCCAAAUUGUGUUAACUCAUGGCAGACAACACCACUUGCAGCUGGUUUUUUAAAAGGACAUUAUGGUCUUUGUGAUUAUUUAUUAACAGAACAUAAAGUCGAUAUUAAUUUUAAAACAGAUGAUGGUUUGACAUUAGUCAUGUUGACCGUUGCUCUUGACAUAUCAUCGUCUUCUGUUCAACAAUUAGAAUAUGUUGUCACAAAACAUCAUGCCGAUUGUACAAGUGUUGAUUCGUCUGGAAAUAAUGGGUUUCAUUAUUUGGUAUCCAAUAAAUCGCAUACGAAUUUAAAUCAUUUAGAUACACGCGGUCAAGUUGAUUUACGUAAUAAUUAUUUUAAAAUAGCACAGAUAUUACUUGAUAAUGGUUGUGAUCCAAAUAAAAUGAAUAGUAAAGCUCAAUCUCCAUUAAUGACUUCAUUAGAAAAUGGUAAUUUUAUUCUUGUUGAUUAUUUGAUUGAUAAAGCAAAUGUUAAAAUAACGUCAGAUAUUAGUUAUGAUGGUAAAAAUUUAUUGCAUUAUUUUGCAUUACGAUGUAAAGAAUAUAAUCUCAUACAAACAUUAAUCAAAUUGCCUGGUACUCAAGAAAUAAAAGAUAUGGGGAAAAUAACUGACAACAAAUCAAUGAAUCCACUUCAUUAUGCGUGUCAAGCUUUUGGUGUAUAUUGUCUUGCAAAUAAAGAUAAAACUUCAAUCGAUGUAUCAGAUAAUUUAAAGAAUGAGUAUCGUUCUAUUAUUCAAACAAUUGACUAUUUACUUAAUAUUGCUCAAUGUGAUCCAGAUGUUAAAAUUGAUAUUGAUCAAAAUAAACAAUUUUUUCCAGAUAAGUCAAAUGAAGAUUUAGAUUCAGAUGAAAAUGAAAAUAACGAUGACGAUAAAGAUGUGAUAAUAACGGAUGAUGAAAAUCAGGAACAAGAACGAUCAAAAGAAACAAGUAUAUUUUCGUUAUUACAUACAGUAUCCUAUAUGCCAAUUGAAAGUCAUCCGUUACAUUUAUUACUGAAAAAAACUAAAAAUGUCAAUUUAUUGCAUCAUAAAACAAAUCGUACACCAUUAUUAGAAUCAAUAUUUUUAAAUGAACCUGAGAUAGCUCGUCUAUUAAUUGAACAUGAAUCUUGUGAUAUUAGCAUGGCAACAUCAAAGGUACAAAAAGAAGAAAAAAUGACACCAUUAAUAUUAUCAUCAAAAAAACAUUUAUGGCCAACGGUGUGUAUACUGUUGAAACAUAAAGGUUGUGAUUUAACAACAACAGAUACAUAUGGUAAUCAAACAUUACAUUAUUUAGUCCAAGAUUCACAACGUUCACCCGAUAUGUUACAUACAUUAGAACUUUAUAUUGAUAUAAUGAAACGUUCAGGAUUAACAUCAACAUUAAUAAAUUCAUAUGGAAAUCAUAACCGUACACCAUUACAUGUGGCUAUCUAUCAUAAUCGUGGAACAACGGAUGCCACUACGGAUGUUGAAAAAAAAUUAAUUGAUAAUGGAGGUGAUUUAUUUGCUCAUGAUAAUCUAGGUAAUAUUCCAUUACACAAUGUAUUUUCAAAAACAAAUGGUGGCGAUGAUCCUGUUGAAUUAUGUAUGCUAAUCAUGAAAUCAAUGAAUUAUAAUUUAUUGGAUACAGAAAAUAAUGAUGGUAAUACACCGUUACAUUUAGCUGUUAGUAAAGGUUCAACUGUUUGUGUAAUGUUGUUACAACAACAUAAAUCAUCGUUAUUAGUCAAAAAUAAUUUAAAUAAUUCCAUUAUUGGUACAUGUAUAUUUACCGAUCAUUUAAAUUUAUUUAUUUCAUUUUUACAACAACAAUUCGAUAUUGAUUUAUCACAAUUGUAUACAAUAUGUCCAGAACAACCAAUAGAAUCCAUACCCUCAGAAAUCACAACAUCAAAAACAAUAAUGAAUGGUAUAUCGUCAAAAAAAAAAAAAAAUUAUUUAAACAAUAGAUGGUUAUGGAAUUUGGUUCGUCCUAUACCAGAGAAAAUUGUUCAACGUUCAUUGAUAUUAUUAAUUGUUGAAAAAGAUUGGCAAGGUGCACUCUCAUUAAUCUUAAAUGAUUUAGAACGUUUUCAAUUAAUUUCUUUUCAAAUGAUUGAAGCAGCUAUAAUAACAAAAAAAUUAAAUUUAGUUAUUCGUUUAUUAACACGUAUUAAAGAUAAAGAUGUACUACAAGAAACAAAUCAAAAUAAACAAACUCUAUUUCAUGUAUUAGCCAAUAUGGAUAAACCAACAGAAAAUGAUAAAGAAUUAAUUAAACAAAUAUCUCAAUAUUUAUUAGAUAAUUAUGUAUCAUACAAUGAUAAAGAUGAAUUUGGAUGUCUUCCAAUUCAUUAUGCUUGUAUUAAACAUAAUUUUAUUCUAUUAAAUUUUUUAAGUAGAACAAUUACAACAAAAUUUGAUUUAAAUAUUUUGGAUUCUUAUAAUAAUAAAGCUAUUGCACUAUUUUUUUGGACAUGUGGUUAUAUGACAUAUGAUGAGAUAACAUUGGAAAAUAUUAAAUCUUUUAUUCGUUCUGGUGAUGAAUUAGAUUGUUUAUGUAAUUAUCCUAAUGAAAUGAAUGUCAAUCCAUUAUCAUUUGGUCAUGUUGAACAAACAAAAAAUGUAUCUUAUCCAAUAUUGUCAACAAUAACUCGAACAUCGCCAUUGAUUAAUGCCAUUGUCUAUAAUGAUUUUAAAUUAAUUAAAUUUUUAUUGAAUAUAGGUGUAUCACCAAAUUAUCAAGAUGAUGGAAAACGAACACCAUUGAUGCAUGCUAUAUUGCAGAAUAACAUUGAUAUUGUUAAAGGUCUACUGAACAAGGAUUAUCAACUCCAUGUUGCUGAUGAAACACCAAAAGAAACAAGAUUUCGAACGGGUCGUAGUCUAAAACCUACAGUCUUUUUGGGUGCUUCACAAACCAUUUCAACAAAUAAAAAUAUGGAUGUUGAAAGUCCUGUGCGAAAGUUUGAAAUGACAAAUAAAAUAAAUUUAAAUGAAAAUGAUUCAUUGGGUCGAACAUGUGUACAUUAUCUAAUACAACCAUUUGAAAAUGGUUCAUUUGAAAAUGUUGAACUGUUAAAGUUAUUACAUACAUGUGGUGCUUCAUUAACACAAUUAGAUCUAGCUGGUUUAUCACCAUUACAGUACAGUUCAAUUAAUGGAUCAAAUAUAUUAUAUAAUGAAUUAGAAAAUUUAAUUGGAAGAGAUGAACAAAUAACAUCAACAGAUAAAGUAACAUUUCAACCAUUUGAAAUUAAUGAUCAAAAUCAAAAAUUAUUAUCAUCUAUACAAAAACCAGAUUAUUAUACUGAUGCUCAAACAUUAAUUGAAUCACAUUUACAAAAAUAUCAACCAAGUGUACAUAAUUCAGCUUAUGAUGUUGAUCCACAUUCAGAGAUGGAGAGAGUAGGUGAAGUUGUUAUUGAUAUAGAAAAAAAUAUUCCAUUUGAUGUACGAUUAACAAAAACAGAUGUACAUUAUGGACUAUUAGGUUUAUACAAUUUUUAUCGAAUGCAAAUAAUUAAACAUAAAAGCAAAACAGAUUUAUAUUUUCUAUGUACAAGAUGGGGAAGAAUAGGUGACGAUGGUCAACAUCAGUUAACACCAUAUUCAACCUUGGAUGAAUGUAAAAAAGAAUUUUCUAAAGUAUUCAAAGAGAAAACUGGUAACAGUUGGAAAGAUAUUGAUAAUUUCGAUCAAAAACCAAAAAAAUACAAUUUAAUUCGUUUAAAUGAACGGGAAAUGACAAAAUAUCCAAAUAUUAUAAUUAAUUCGGAUAAAUUAAGAAAUGUUAAAUAUCCAUUAGCUAAAUUACAAUCACAACCUUAUAUUGAUUUAAUGAAAACAUUUAUGAAUAAACAAGCGAUAAAAACAGAUUUAAAUAAAACAAGUUUAGAUGUUGAAUGGAUGCCUGUUUCACAAUUAAAACGUGAAACAUUAUCACAAGCACAAGAUUUAUUAAUUAAACUAAAAGUUGAGAUUGAUAAAAAACAACAAUUUGAAAUACAACGUGGAAAAAGACAACAAGAUGAAUAUAAACAAUGUAUGGAAACAAUAUACAAUUUAUCAAAUAGAUAUUAUGCAUUAAUACCAUUAAAAGGUUAUGCGAAUGAAAAAUUACCCGUUUUAACACAUGAACACGAAUUAAAACAACAAUUAAAAAUAAUUGAAGAUCUAUUAGAAUUAGAAUUGAGUUAUAAAAUGUUAUUAGGAGCACAAGCCAAAAUGUCAACUAUAAAUCCUGUUGAUUAUUUAUAUAAAUCAAUUAGUUGUCAAUUUGAAUUAAUGAAUCGUGAUGAUAUUGAAUCACAACUGAUAUUACGUUAUAUAUGGGCGAGUGAAAUACGUGUUGAAAGAAUAUUUAAAAUUGCUCGUCCCGGUGAAGAUGAUCGUUUAUCUAAACGAAAAUUAGAUAACCAUUGGCUAUUAUGGCAUGGAACAGGAAUAUGUAAUCUAAUUAGUAUUCUCACACGUGGUCUUCUUGUUGGACCAUUAGCGUCGACGGCAAGCGGUUCACUGUUUGGAAAGGGCAUUUAUUCAGCGGAUUUAUUUUCUAAAAGUUUAGGUUAUUGUUCGGGUGUAACAGAUGAUGAUACGACACAAGGAAAACAGCGAUGCUUCAUGUUAUUAUGUGAAGUAGCAUUAGGAAAUGUCAAAGAAAUUACACAACAUACACAUGAGGAUGAGAAUAUUGAUUUUAAAAUACAUCAGAGCUAUAAAGCAAUUGGACGUUCAAUACCGGAUCCAAAACAUACCAUUACGCUAAAUACAGGUGUUCGUAUGCCGUUGGGUAAAACAAUUGAAAAUACCUCAUGUGAUUAUCCUCGCGUUGAAUCUAAUGAAUACAUCGUUUAUGAUGAAUCACAAGUUGCAUUGAGAUAUUUAGUACAGUUUUUACGUUAA